AUGGCCCCCAACAGCUUCGAUGACCAGUACAAGAGCUGCCGCACUAAAAUGGAGAGGAAUUUGCCAUUGGUUAACAGAACUGAUAUCUCCAGAAAUGACCUCUAUGCUGAAGCCUGGGCCAAUGCCACUGCCAAGUGGCACAGCCAGGUGUUCCCAGGGUCCCCACUGCGGAAGGAUCAGGCCAUCGCUCUCCUGGCCUACACCUCACCGGGGCCAAUGUACAGGAAUUUCAGCACAGCUGUGCGUGAGGCCGGGAGCUCACCCCAGGAAUACCAGGACAACUUCCACUUCAAGACUCUGCAUUUCCUGCUGCCCACAGCCCUGAGUGCCCUGAGCCCAUCACCAGGGCACUGCCUGCGUGUGUACCGGGGGGUCAAAGGCAUCCAGUUCACCGCCAAGCCUGAUGACAUCAUUCGCUUCGGCCAGUUCACCUCCAGCUCCCUGAAGAAGGAGAUUGCCCAAAAUUAUGGCCAGGACACAUUCUUUCAUGUGCAGACCUGCCAUGGUGCCUUGAUCCGGAAUUUCUCCUUCAAUCCUAGUGAGGAGGAGGUGCUGAUCCCACCCUUCGAGACCUUCGAGGUCACCAGUGUCACCUAUGAAAGGAACAGACCUCACAUCCAUCUGCACUCCCAGGGUGUGAAGAGCAACUACGAGUGCGAGUGGCCCCGAGGUGACAUCUCUGGG